AUGUACCACUCCCAGCUGCGGUGGGAGCGGAAGAGAGAUAAGGCAGCGGCAGUGCGCCCACCUACGGAGAGAUCGGCGGCGAAGGAGGCCAUGGCGCGGGCAAUGCUGGGUGAGAUAGAGGAACACGACGAGCGGCAACAUGAGCGGGGGCACCCACUGGAGCGAAGAUGGGUUUACCCCUGGGAGGAGGAUGAUGAAAGGCCAGCAGUGUACGCCGAGCAGGAGGAGAUCUGGCUGCCAGCAGAGCGUGAGGAGGAAUCGGUGGACAAGAAGCGGGAAGACUUUGGCUGGCUAGAAGAGGCAAUUGAGAGGCAGCGGCGCCGAGAGCGAGAAGAGAGGGAGUUCGGCUACAUCGGCUUCGCCCUCAUGGCAGCAACGAAAGAGACAGCUUCGGUCACGGAGACAGCAGGAAGUGAGCACACGGGUAGCAACACAAAGACAGGAGGGGCAACGGCCAUGAGAAGGGAGGAGGCAGAGCAGCCGACCGUGAAGGAAGAGCCAGCGCAGCAGGCAGAGCGACAGCCGGAGUGGGUAACCGGAGAAGGGGUGUCGGAGGAGGACGCCACGAAGCAGGGGUUCUCCUCUUCUCCCUUCGCCUUCUUCUCAUCCCCGUCCCUCUGUCAGCCACUCCCAGCCUGUUUCCCUCUCACCCUCUCCCGGCCUUCCCCUCUCCCCUUCUCCCUCUUUCCCCAUCUCCUAUCUUCCCCAUUCGCAUAUUCCCCCACUUCCCCCACUUCCUUCCCAUCAGGAGCCUUUCUUGCGUCGCUCCCUGGUGGCAGCAGGGGGUCUUCUCUUCGCCCUUGGUCUGCUGCUCCUCAUCAUCCCCCACAACCCCACCUUGCCACCCUGCUUGCAACCUCCGCCCUUCUCUCCACCUCUCCCAAUGUCCCAUAUCAGGAGCAUUUCUUAAGUCGCUCCCUGGUGGCAGCAGGGGUUCUUCUCUUCGCCCUUGCUCUGCUGCUCCUCCAUGUCUCCCACAACCCCCACUUCGCCACCCUGCUUGCAAACUCCCCCUUUCUCCCCCCCUCACCCCACCUCUUCCAUCGUCCUUCCCACCAUAAACCUUUCUUGAGUCGCUCCCUGGUGGCAGCAGGGGGUCUCCUUUUCUCCCUUGGCCUGCUUCUCAUUCCCCUCCGGGCCUCCCCCAUUCUCUCUCUUUCAUCAUCCCUCUACCAUCUUCCACCAGGAGCCUUUCUUGAGUCGCUCCCUGGUGGCAGCAGGGGGUCUGCUCUUUUCCCUUGGUCUGCUUCUCCUUCUCGUCUCCCACAACCCCCACUUUGCCAGCCUGCUUGCAACGCAUAA